CUGCAUCACCACCAUCAACAGCAAGCCCCCUUAUCUCUUAGCUUCUUUCUAGUAUCACAGUCCCAACCCUGGUAAACCCUAGGCAAGCGCAUCCAUGGCUUGGAGAGCUACCAUCUACAGAAUGAGCUUUCUCACAGCCCUUAUCAUGGCUAGCCACAUGCCAUGCGAUGCAGCACGUCAUUUACUCGACACAACCGAAGCACCUGCAGCGGUUCCAACCAUUCCGACCUUCACUGUGCCUUCUCUUCCCACAUUGCCGCCGAUGCCAGUAGUGCCGACUGUUCCGAAUCUUGCACUGCCGCCAAUGCCGGUCGUGCCGACGGUGCCGAAGGUUACGUUGCCGCCUUUGCCUGCCAUACCAAGCAUCCCUAAGGUCACGAUUCCUCCGAUGCCGUCCAUUCCGGUCAUGCCUUCCAUCCCAAAUAUGCCUACCGUUCCCUUUUUCACUCCACCACCUGCAGCAGCCCCGUGA